AUGGCUGAAGUCGCAUUCGCAAAAAUGUUCCUCACCUCGCUGGACUCCCGUCCCAUCAAGCUCUCCCCAGACCACAUCGAGGAUCCCAAAACAUUCCCUCCUCGCCCACCUUACAUCCUCCCCCGCAUGCCAACCCCCAUGUCCAAACCAUCAUCCCGCCUCCCCCCCGGCUCAGAGCGCAGCAUCGACAUCACCCUCAAAUCCCUCCGCAACCCUCCCCUCGACAUAACCCUCCCCGCCACCCCCCUAAGCACCUCAAUCCUCGACGUCAAAGCCGCCGUUAAUGCUCAGACACGCAUCCCUGUCGAAAAGAUGAAGUUGUUGCUCAACAAGCGGCCCGUCGCGGACACAAAGGUGCUCAAGGAGCUGCUCGCCAAGGAGAGCGAUAGGACGAUUGACUUUUCCGUCAUGGUCAUUGGCGGCGCCGCGGCGAUUCCGCCUGCGGAGGAGAAAGCCGCUGGGGAGGCUAUGGAGACGACGGAGGAGCCAGUUGCGACGGCUCAGGCUGACGCGGCUGCUGUUGAGGCUGAGCUUGAGUCUGAUGCCUUUUGGGCGGAUCUCAGCGGCUUCCUGCAGCAGAGGCUCAAGGCUCAGGAUAAGGCUGAGGAGCUGUCCAGCUUAUUCCGGUCUAGUUGGCAGGCAAGCAGGUCAAAUUCGUGA